AUGGAAAUGCAAGAGAAAAACAUUGCGGAAAAUUCCGCAGUAAUUCGAAAAAGUUUGGAACUAGAACUUUCAUAUCAAGAGUAUUUUUUGGAAAACAUUGAUGAUGAAACUCAAACAAAUUUAGAAUCACAACCUUCUUAUCAAGAUUACCUUCUAGAAAAUAUUGUAGAAACUUUAGAUACACAACCUUCAUAUCAAGAAUACUUUUUAGAUACCAUUGAGGAAGGUUCUGAGGAAAUUCAAAAAAAUUCCGAAUCACAACUUAUACAUCAAGAGUUCCAUUUAGUGGAAAGUUCCGGUUUUGGUUCCGAGGUAACUCAAGAACCACAUCCUUUAGAAAACAUUGCGGAAGAAGCCCAACUAAGUUUAGAAUUGCAACCUUCAUUCCAAGAGUACUUUUUAGACAACAUUUCGGAAAGUUCCGAAGAAUUUCAAAUAAAUUUAGAAUCACAACCUUCGCAUCAAGAAGAUCUUUUAGAAACCAUUGUUGAAGCCGAAGAAAUCCAAAAAAAGUUGGAAUCACAACCCUUAGAAACCAAUGCAGACAUCACUACAGAAUCGCAAAAAAGUUUAGAAUCACAACCUUCAUAUCAAGAGUACCUUUUAGAAACUAUUGAGGAAAAUUACGAAGAAAUUCCAAAAAAUUUAGGAUCGCAACCUUCACAUCAAGAGUUUCUUACAGAAAUUAUUGUUAAAGAGUCCGAGGAAUUUCAAAAAAAGUUAGAAUCACAAUCGUUAGAAAACAUUGUAGACAUCACUUCUACAAAAACUCUUGAAUCACCUUCUCAUCAAAAGUACUUUUUAGAAACCAUUGAAGAAAAUUCUGAAGAAGUUCCAAAAAAUUUAGAAUCGCAACCUUUAGAAAACAUUGUAGACAUCGAAGAUUCUACAGACACUCGAAGGAGUUUAGAAUCACAACCUUCAACCAUCGUGGAAGAGUUCGAAACAGAAUCAUUUAAAGAGCAAUUUUUAGAAACCAUUGAAAAUUCUGAAGAAAGUCAAACAUAUUUCGAAUCACAACCCUCAUAUCAAGAUCAAGAGCACAUUUUAGGAAACAUUGUGAAAGGUCCUACAGAAAUUCAAAAGGAUUUAGAAUCACCACCUUCAUAUCAAGAAUACCCUUUAGAAACCAUUAUGGAAGAUACUGCAGAAAUUCAAUACUUUUUAGAAAGUAACCUUCAAGAUUCUACUAAACCUCUUGAACCGAUGAAAGAUUGUAUUUGUAAAGAGCAAAUGGAAUCUCUAGUACAAUUAAUCGACUCAUUAAGAACUCGGGUUGAAGAAUUAGAAAUUGAAUCGAUGGAUAAAGAUCAAAAUCUUAAAAAACUUCUACGAGAAUUUAAUGAAUUUAAAAAAGCAAGCUCUAUGAAACAUGAUAAAGUUCCUCAAAAGCAGGCAAAAGCUACUCAUUUGAUUUCACCUUUGUCUACUAAUGGCAUUCAUUCGCACAAAACUGUCGGGGGGACUCAUUCAAUUCCUUCACAUAUACCUUCUAUACCAACUAAGGUACCUUUAUCUAUGGUUAAAUCUUCAAUUCCGCAGAAGAAAUUAUCAUUUACUUUAUCUAGACAGAAUUUGAAUUUGAAUAAAGGUAAACCUUCUUCAAUUCCACGAAAGAAAGUUUCUUUUGACUCUCCUCUUUCACAUUAA